AUGUUAUUAUUUUUAAUCCUUUAUCUCUCCACAAACUUUGAUUUGGACCUCACCGUCGUUGCACCACCAAAGUGCCCAGCCCAACCGGCAAAAUGGACGAUCGUCGGCCGAGAAGAAGAGAAUAGGCAAGUGAAAUAUGCGGGACAGCCAGACACCGUACGUGGUUCGUUUAGAAUUCAGACACAUCAUGGUUUGACCUAUAAGAUUGUGUUCUGUGAGAGUGGUGAAGAGUCUUGCAGUGCUCUUGGGAUUCCCAAGGACAAUAAAGGACACAGAAUUUUGGCUAUUAACGAUGAGAAUCCUUUCAUUGUCGUGUUUCGUAAGGCUGAAUCAUCUUGUGCAUGA